AAUGUUCCUCUUCUGUUUUUAGAAUUUGGUGGCUCGUUGAAUGUCAGAGCUAUUACGGACUUCAUUGAUGGAGGUGGCAAUGUUCUAGUUGCUACAAGCUCUACCAUUGGUGAUCCUAUUCGUGAACUGGGAAGUGAAUGUGGGGUGGAAUUUGACGAGGAGAAGACAUCAGUCAUUGAUCACAUCAACCAUGAUGUUUCUGACUUAGAUCAGCACACACUGAUAGUAGCUGACCCUUCAAACAUCAUCAAGGCAAACACCAUUACUGGACAUUCAGAGUUAAAGCCUCUGCUGUUUCAGGGAGUUGGAAUGACUGCUGACACUGACAAUCCUUUGGUAAUGGAGGUGUUGACUGCAUCCUCUACUGCUUACUCUUACUAUCCUGAUGUCAAGAUCUCUGAGUACCCACAUGCCGUUGGCAAGAGCACUCUGUUGAUUGCUGGUCUUCAAGCCAGAAACAAUGCCAGGGUUGUGUUCUCAGGCUCUUUGGAUUUCUUCAGUGACGAGUACUUCAACAGACCUGUGCAGAGUGCAAGAGCUGGCUCCAAACAGUACUCUAAAACUGGAAACCAAGACCUGGCCAUUGCCCUGAGUGAGUGGGUUUUUAAGGAGAAUGGUGUCCUUCGUGUUGGAGAGGUUGAACAUCACCGUGCUGGAGAAGCCUCACCUCCUGUUGCUUACACCAUAGAAGAAGAUGUGGUUUACAGCAUCAGAAUUGAAGAGCUGGUGAAUGGAAAGUGGGAAUCCUUCCAGGGAACCGAUGUCCAGUUGGAGUUUUUCAGGAUCGACCCAUUUGUUAGGAUCACCCUCAACAAGUCCAAUGGUUCGAGUCAAUUUUAUCCUGUUUUUGAAAUUGAGCAAAUUAUUGUUGUUGUCUUUGAAUAGUAUGAGAAAAUCUAU